GCGCGGCAGCGGGGACGCCGGGCCGCGGAGUGGGGCCGGCGCUGGCAUGGCGGAGGCGCGGCCCGGCUCAGGUACAUUGAAUUUUAGUACUGAUGCUGCUGAUUCCAUUCCUGGAGAAAGACAACCUACAGAUAUAAACUGGGUAAAUAAAGAUAGAAAAGACUCUAACAGUAAUCAGAGUAGAAGUAAUAUACAAAUUCCUAAUCUAUCUUCUGAAAGAGGUACAGAUUAUGAAAGCUCUUCCACAAAGCAUCGUGGCUUUUGUAAUCCAGAAACUCAAUAUGGGAAUUCUGAAGACUUCCACCAAUAUUUUGGUAACAGUAAAAGUUUGAAGAAUCGCAGUUUGCAAAGCCAGAGAUUGCACAGAUUAAGAAAUGAUAGCACAUGUGCUAGAAAUAAGAUAAGGCAAAGUACUACUGAUACUUCCGCAGGUCCGGGAAUUUCAGAUGCUGCACUAGUACCUGGUAGAAGAGCACCUCCUAGAGGAUACAGUGAUUUUCUCUCCUCAGAGAGCGACAGGGAGGUACCUAAUGCAGAUAGCAGAGGGGCAAAGCCAAAGAAGACACAUCUGAUGCAUACAUCUGGCAGAGGUUUCAGGGAAAAGGGAAAGCAGAUACAUGACCGUGAAAAGCGAGUGAGCUCUAAACAGAAAGCAGAGCUGUUUGAAAAUUUUCCAUCUUUGGAUUUGACACAGUCCGACUCUUCAGAAUCAUCUGUUGGAAAGGCAUUCUGUGAUGCACCUUUUGGAAGUGGGGAUGAGCAAAAAGGUUACAAUAAUGUAAACAAAAGAUAUCCCCGGAAGCCUGUGUGGAAUAAGCCCCCAGUAGAGAAGGACUCUCAGAAAAGACAUGAUUCUCACCAUAGUAAAAAUACAAAAGUAGGUAAGAAGUCUUCUGUUGCAUAUACUCCAAAAGAUAAAAAUGAAAGGAAGAAAGAAUUUGUUGCUCACAAAAAUGAUGAAAACGUGGCCAGUGAAACCAGACAUCAGUUGUCUGAGUCUCUCAGGUUCAAUGGAAGAAAGUUUCUGCUAAAGGGGGAUCAAGUACCUUCACUUCAUUUCAGCUGGACCCAGUACUGGAAAAAGCAAAGUGACGUACCAAAAAACAAAGAAACUCAUACUGGGUCGUUGAUUGAACAGCUGACCACUGAGAAGUAUGAGUGCAUGGUAUGCUGUGAGGUGGUCCGAAUAGUAGCGCCAGUGUGGAGCUGUCAGAAUUGUUACCAUGUAUUCCACCUGAAUUGCAUCAAGAAGUGGGCACGAUCACCAGCUUCACAAGCUGAAGAUGGCAAUAGCGGUUGGAGAUGUCCAGCUUGUCAGAAUGCUUCUGUGCAGGUUCCUAAAACUUACACUUGUUUUUGUGGUAAGGUGCACAAUCCUGAAUGGAAUAGAAAUGAAAUCCCACAUAGCUGUGGGGAACUUUGUGGAAAGAGGAGGCAAUGUUUGGACUGUCCACAUCUCUGUAACAUUCUGUGCCACCCAGGACCUUGCCCUUCGUGCCCAGCCUUUGUGACAAAAACAUGUGAAUGUGGACAAACAAGUCAUUCAGUUCGCUGUGGCCAGUCAACAAAAAUUCAUUGUUCUAAUGUAUGUGGAAAUACUUUAAACUGUGGAAAGCACAGCUGUACUCAAGUGUGCCAUGCAGGAAAAUGUUCACCUUGCCAGUUAACAGUACAACAAGUGUGUUACUGUGGAAGCAACUUUAAAGAAGUAUUGUGUGGAUCAAAGGAAGAAUUCUCUGACGGUUUUGGGAGUUUCUCAUGUCAGAAUAUAUGUGGCAAAAAAUUAAAUUGUGGGAGGCACAACUGUAAGCAAGUAUGCCAUCCUCAGCCUUGCCAGCUCUGUCCACGACUUCCACAAGUUGUAUAUCGUUGUCCCUGUGGUCAGACUCCUCUCAGCAAGUUACUGGAACUAGGAUGUGUUGAACGUAAAAUUUGCACAGAUCCUAUCCCAUCAUGUGGAAAAACAUGUGGCAAACCUCUUUCUUGUGGUAGCUAUGAGUUCAUUCAUACAUGUGAAAGCCUUUGCCAUGAAGGAGACUGUAGACCAUGUUCUCACACAUCAAAUAUUUAUUGUAGGUGUGGCUUCAAAAAAAAGGAAAUCCCAUGUGCUCUUCUCAGAAAUAAAGCUGCUAUUACAUUCAUGUGUGACAAGCGAUGCAACAAGAAGAGAUCAUGUGGACGACACAAAUGUAAUGAAGUUUGCUGUGUGGACACAGAACAUAAGUGCUCUUUGGUUUGUGGUCGUAAACUCAACUGUGGGCUUCACAGAUGUGAAGAACCCUGUCAUCGGGGAAGUUGUCAAACAUGCUGGCAAACAAGUUUUGAUGAGUUAACUUGUUAUUGUGGUGAAUCUGUGAUUUACCCCCCUGUUCCCUGUGGCACUCAGCCACCAGAGUGUAAAAAGACAUGCACUAGGCCACAUGACUGUGAUCAUCCAGUGUACCAUUCAUGUCAUAGUGAGGAGAAAUGUCCCCCCUGUACCUAUCUCACUCAGAAAUGGUGUAUGGGCAAGCAUGAGCUGCGAAGUAAUAUUCCUUGUCAUCUCACUGACAUUUCCUGUGGACUUCGCUGCAAUCAAAUGUUGAAGUGUGGAAUGCACAAAUGUAAAAGAAUCUGUCAUAAAGGAGAAUGUCUUAUAGAUGAAGAGUGUAAACAGCCAUGUAUUAUUCCAAGGCUAUAUUGUAAUCAUCCGUGUAUGGCUCCAUGUCAUCCUUCUUCACCCUGCCCAACAACAUCCUGCUCUGCAAAGGUUGAUCUUCAGUGUGAGUGUGGAAGAAGAAAGGAGAGUAUGAUUUGCUCAGAAGCGUCCAAUACAUAUCAAAGAAUAGCUGCUAUAUCUAUAGCAACUAAGCUAACAGAUCUCCAGCUUGGGGAUUCAGUGGAAAUCAGUAGGCUUAUUACAAAAAAAGAAAUGAAGCAGGCCAGGUUGCAAUGUGAUGAAGAAUGCUUAGCUCUUCAGAGGAACAGGCGCCUUGCUGAAGCUCUUGAAAUAGAUGAUAAUUCUGAUCCUUUUAAUAUCCGUUCUUCUGGACCAAAGUACAGUGACCUUUUAAAAGAAGAUGCAAGGAAGGAUAUAAAAUUUGUCAGUGACAUUGAGAAGGAAAUGAGAAUGCUUGUGGAAGCUGUGAAUAAGGGCAAGCAUACAAAGAAGAGUCAUUGUUACCCACCAAUGAACAGAGAUCACCGCAGAAUCAUCCAUGAAUUAGCUCAGGUUUAUGGCAUUGAAAGUGUGAGCUAUGACAACGAACCAAAGCGCAAUGUUGUUAUCACUGCAGUGAAAGGGAAAUCCGUUUGUCCAAGCAAUACCUUAACUUCUGUGCUAGAUAAAGAAAUGCAGAGCAGGCCUGCACCUCCUCUUCCUCAUUACAAGCAAACAGAUAAGAGCAGUGGAAACAGUGGUUUAUCCAAACCGUUGAAGGAAGAGCCAGUAAUUGACUACUUUGAUGUCCAGGACUGAAGUGAUCGAUGUAGAAUCAUUCAGAUGAAUCAGAAUUGCAUAGGUUAUGAUACAGAAGCUUAGAGGUGAAAAUACUUAGUUAUUGUGUGAGGUGCUUUUUGAAUAUCUGUCAAAUGAUCAGUUGUUCAACAUAUCCAUAAUUUAACAUCUGAAGUUAGAAUGUUAUGCUAAUUUAAAAUGUUAAGCAUUUCAACAGUUUAUGUAACUGCAUAAUACCUAAUAGUAGUAUGGCUUUUUAAAUCUGGGUUUGGUGCAAUUUUGUAUCUAAUGUGCUGUCAGAAUAAUGUAAUUUCAUUCAUGAUUUUGAAGUAAGAGAACUGGUGGUAAGCAAAUAUAUUUUUGGAAUAUUAAGAACGACAAUAAAUCUCAAAUACUUAUUUUGACAUAUCUCACAGAAAAUGGACUAGAAAUAAUUGUGAUAAAAACACUGGUUGGGAUUUUCUUAAAGUAUUUUCAUGUUUUAUUAAUUCACUUUUGUGUUAUUGUGGUGAAUUUGAGUUACUCUUCUACAUGGAAAGAAAUAUAAAAUUUAAGUAUAAAUAUAUACAUAAAUGCCUAUUAAGAGCACAGACUUUGGAAUCUGAAGAACCAGUAUUUGGGGAAGGUGGGGAAUUAAAACUUACUCUAAUUUAUCUCAAAUUUGACGUAUUUAAAAAGAAAAACAAGCAAAAACAAAGGAAAAAAUACAAACCAAACAACAACAAAACCAACCCCACAACAUGAGAUUACUCCUACUACUACUUCUUUAUCCAAGACCUUGAACAAAAUCAGUCUUUAUAUAUUAUUUUGGUGCUCUGUGCAUGGUUUUAUUGCAGUUUAUAUUUUUUUUUUGUCCUGUGCAAGCUUAAGAUGAGUGUGUGAAGUUUGGUUUAAGUAUGUUAUGGAUUUGGAAUAAUACUUGUAAAAUUUAGAAGACCAUCUGCCUAAUUAUGGGAAGUGCCAUUAACAGAAUGGGAUGACAGUUUAAACACUGGAGUGGUCUCAUGAUGGUGAAUUGUUUCCAAAUCUUGAUUUAAGAUAGGUGAGUAGCUCUCUGGGAGAGGAGAUAGUAGGUCUGAUCAGAAGAGGUGGUACAGCUCUGAAUUUGAGUAAUAUCUGUUCUCCUGAGGAGAAAGUUUUUUGUAUUAAUAGCUUUAGGAGCUCUGACACUGAUGCACUCUGUUUCUUGUUCCUUGUGGCUGCUACAUGUAAUACUAGAGGUGAGUCCCCUGUACAGCAUGAGAGGCUGACACAAAAAAGGGGCUCACUAUGUUGUAGUGCGAGAUUUAUUGCCAAAAAAAUGGAAGGCAUUUACUCAUGCUUAGAUUCACUUAGUUACCAUAUGACCCUGAGCCUUAACUAUGAAGCAUUCCAUGGCUACAUUUCAAUUGAACAGCUCACAAAACAUGGAAGAACAAGUAGAAAACUCACAAACCGUAUCUGUGCUCCGAAAUGUUUUGAAAAUUAAAAUGCACACUAUUAUUGUA